AAUUCCUAAUCAUUCUUCCCUUGAGAAAUAGUAUUAUAUAAAGGUUCAUCAUAUAAGCUUAUUAAUUAACUAAGCACCAGUAUUUUUCCUUCAUAGUUUUUGAAACCAUGAAUCACAAAGCUUUCUCUUUAUUUUUCAUAGCCUUUUUUGUCUUAAUUUUUUGUCUAUCCACAACAAACUCAAGAAGAUUGUCAGCGCUACUGCUGCGAUUUGACCAAUUUCUGAGGUCAAAUUUUAUUUACUACAUCACUUUCCACUUUGGCAUGACUUCAUGGGUGACUUUGGUUCUGCAUCCUUGGAUCGUACCUACCAUUAAUGAGCUGGGGAUGACUUCUUUUCUUACUCAGGGUCUUAUUAAUACAAAAGAAAACCCAACGAUGGAUUUAAUAAAGAAGGAAUUGGUUGGAGCAACAUCCAUAAGAAGAGCAGUUAGGCAAGGUCAGCGUAAUGUCGAAGCUCUUCACGACCAACUUCAAACUGCAAUAGAUCUGGGUGCUUCUUCUAGGGUUGUUGCUGGUGGAUUUAUUUGUGAUGGCGCAGCCAUCCUGCUGCUGCUGCCAGUCGUAAGUAUGAGCAUGUUGGUGCUCAACAAAAAAUAAAUAUAUUUGAAAACACCCCUCGCACAAGUUCUCCCUCUCACCCCUACACCAGUCCCUCCCACCCUUACAAUGGUCCCUUUCACCCCUCCCCACCCUCAUAUUCUCAUUGUAAAUACAAAGUGUGCAAGGACAGAGAGGAUAAACUCUUUUAAAGGCUAGAGUCUAUUACUGAAGCUGCCGAAGAGUUCAAAUCCAGGAGGGGUGUCAUAACAUCCAACGAGGUGAGGGAUCCAUGCACUCCUACAGUGGAAGUUAGGAGAAAAAAAAGAAAAAUUAGACAAAUUAUAUCUGUUAUGAAAUCAGCAAAGAUUGCAACUCCCCCUGCUUAAAUAGUUGUUGAAUUUUAGGGGUCUCUGAAGGAGGUGGACAUAUUUGCGGUGCUUAGCAAGGAGAAAAAGAAGGAACUGAAAGAAUACAUCAAGAUGAAGGUUCAAAAAGAAUACACCAUGCAUUCAUUUGCCGCUAAAGACUUCUCGAAUAUGACAAAUAUGUGCUUGUGGUACUAGGAC